AUGGCCGAUGCACCCACUAAGCGCCCGGAAUGCGACACGCAGCGCCAAUCACCCACCACCUCGCUUGCCCACCGGACUCGCGCGCCCUCGAGUGCUCAGCACGCCCGGCGCCAAAUUUCGCCCUCUGCUGGCCCCCGCGACGGCUCCGUUCCCGCCGUCAGCGCCAACGCCGAUGUGAAUCACGGCGCUAACCAUGCCGCCGCCGACGACGAUGACGACGACGACUACACCUCCUCCUCGGGGAGUGACAGUGAUAGCGACGAGGAGGCGCGUGACGACGAGCACGAGAACGUAGGGCGGCUAGACGGUGACGGUGACGACGUACGCAUGCCGCAUAUCUCGGGGCGCGCGAAGCCGCGGAUUCAUCGCGUCGAGGGGGACUCAGGGCUCGUGGCGCGCUUGUCGGCGUUUCUGCCGCAGAUGAAGAGCGCGAAUGAGGAUUUGCAGCGCGAGAUUGACGCCGGUCGGGGGAUGGAUUUGAGGCUGGAUGAGGUGGACGAGCAGAGUGAGGGGCGGUAUAUUGAGAUGAAUCUCGGUCUAGGUGUCCUGGAAGAGCAACACUCCGAUGACGAAGACAAGGGCGAAAAGUCUGAAAAGCCCCAGAAAGAAUCCGAAGUGCGUUCGAAAUCGGAAACGGACUCGAACGUCAUGGAUACAUUAAUGGGCAACGACGAAUCGCCCUCGUCGAAGAAGCCGACGAUUCAAGAACUAUAA